AUGACUGUUGGUAUCAGAUGUUUUCUUCAGGGAUCAGACAAGUCAGGCAAGAGCGCCAGGGUUCCAAGAUGUCCCAACGCUUCAGACGAGACCCUGCGGGCUAUGAACAAGGAGGAAGAAGUAGCGGCCAGGAAGAGGAAAGCGAAGCAGAUGAGCAAAGGAAAGAAGAAGGCUGACGGGAGUUUGUCAAGCAUCCAAGACUCUGCUUCUGUUGCUAGCAGUGUCUCUUCUCAACAAGGUUGGACUGCAAGCACAACUUGUGUUAGAAGAGAUGCAAGACCUGCAGAACAACAAAAUCGACCUGUUCGCAAUGUCCUUUUCUCGUCUCCUCCGGUUUCUGCAGUUGAGCUUGCAAAGAAGAUCCAAGUGAUUCUACAGAAAUCAGCACGAGGGGAGUUGAAGUUGAGCAAACCUUUGUCGGAUGUUGGCAAGACGAAAGAGUUGUGUGAAAGAAUAUUGACAUCGGUUGAGUGGCUUCAAGACGUGAUGGACCAAAGAGAUCCAAUAGAUCCAUCGGUCAUCCAAGUUUUGUGUGGGAAGAAACAAACUGUUGACAGUUCGGCGUGUCUAGAAGAAACUUGUGAAGAUUUAGAAGGAAUGGACGAAUGGACUCCAAUUAUGCCAGUCAGCAAGAUGCUGCGAUCAAUGAUCGACAACCUCAAUCAUGAUGUUGAGAAAAUCUCAAGGGACGAGCUGAGUGAUAACGAGACAAGCUUUGACCUGCAUGAUAUUCUACAAUACAAUCAAUCUACAAACGUUAACAUCAUACAGAACUGUGAUGAAAAAUGCGAGAAAGCAAUGAAAGAUAUUGUUGAGUCCAUAGCAGACGAUCAGUAUCAUACGGCUACAGACUCUCUUUGCGACCAUGAAGGAGCCACUCGGGAAGUAAAAGAUGCCAGUGAGCUGCAAUCAUUGGAAGAUGAACUUGAAGACAUCAUCUGCAAACAACGACAACCAACUCUGAAGUUCUGCAAGUCAAACACAGGUGGUGUCCAUCAAUACGCCGCUUACGUUUCUCCCGUGUUGCAAUCAUCGGCCCAGCAGUACAACUCGAGUAUGAUGCGGCAAACACCAAACAAGUAA